AUGGACGUGGAUGACUCCGCCGUGGAUCUCAGCGUGAGCAGGUCAUUACCACCAGAGCUAAGUGAAUUGAGAGCUCUAACAGCCAGUGGUUUGACAAUCACACCUGCGCAGCCUCCCCCUCAUGGCGCCAGUGGCAAAAGGGUGCUUCGCCCCCGAUCAGAGACUCGCAGUUAUGCAGAGAGUCCAGAUAUUGUGCUGCUGCCUGCUGCACCCCCACAUAGAAAACCCACCUUAGCACCACCUACUGCAGCACCAUUUACAGAUGUUAGUAGCAAACUGAACUCUGCGCCUGUUAAUGUAUCAAUAACAGCCAGUGCAGUACCACCAAUACCAGCUCACGUGGAAUCCCCACGCGAUCCAAGAGAUGAAGAGGAUUCAGAGGAGGAAAAUGAACCACCAUUGCCAAUGCCGGGGCAUAGGGAGUUGUCGAGCGCCGAGAUUUGGGAGCGCGAGCGUCGCUUGCGAACACUACGCGAACAAUUACGCGCCGAGGAGACGCGGCUCGUGCUCCUGCGCAAGUUGAGGCAGUCGCAACAGGCCUCCACUGUACCACCGGUUAAGGAGUCGACGACGGGUACGGCUCUGGCUGGUAGCGGGUGCGUUGUGCCACCUGGCGUUACCGUUACACCAGCUCCUCCGCCAGCUCAUCAGCAAAGCAAGCGUACCAGCAGCAGCGGUGCUGCAAAUAACUGCAGCACGACCAUAAGCAACACGUCUCGGCGAACGGCGAACUUACCAGGGGGCGCCACUCUUACACCUGGACCUUACCGCUCACAGUCUUCAACAUCUGGUGGCACUAGUAUCACACCAUCUGUCACCAUUACUCCCGCACCACCGCCAGCUUCGCAGUUAUCUGCUAAGGCAAGUACCCGCAGUUCAGAGGAUACACAGACUCCGGCGCAACGACAAGCCGCCGCUAAAUUAGCUCUGAGAAAACAACUGGAAAAGACACUGUUACAGAUACCACCCCCCAAACCUCCACCGCCUGAAAUGAACUUUAUACCAUCUCCUAGCAACACUGACUUUGUCUACUUGGUCGGCUUAGAGCACGUUGUUGACUAUCUGACGAAUGAGGACCGAUUCCCGCGUUCAUCCGUGCCCGCUGUAUGCGCGCAGUGCGGGUGCGACUUCACGCCAGUGUGGCGUUGGGAGCGAGCGCCAUCGAGGCGUCAGGACGCGACGUUCACGCCUGCCCCCACGUCCACCCCGGCUGCCAGACGCCUCUGCGAGCUGUGCGUCUCCGGGAACGUCAAACGCGCUCUCAAGGCGGAGCACACGGCCCGUUUGAAGACGGCGUUCGUGCGCGCCUUGCAGCAGGAGCAAGAGAUCGAGCGACGCCUCGCCGCGCCCUCCGCCUCCCCGCCGCCCGCUCCGCCCGCCCCGCCACCGGCGCACUCGCACCACAACAGGAACUCACAAUCCACGCCGUUGACGCGUAUGUCUUCCCGCGGUGGGGGAACCCCCGCUCCUCCGACGCCGCCUGCGCAGCCGCCGCCGAAGCCAUCGCCGCAGGCUAACAGCCGCAGCGUCAGCUCGACGGAGUCGCUGCGAAGCCACCACAGCGAGAGAGACCGCGCGCGUGAGGCGGAAGUGCCCGCCAAGAAAGGUAAAGCGUCAUCUUCGAGCAGCACCAGCCAAGGAGGCAGUAGUAGCAGUAAGCAGCAUCAACAACUAGCAGCCGCUGCAGCAGCUCAAAUGGCGUUUGAACAGCACAGUGCUGCGGCUAUGCAGGCGUUACAACAUCAACUGCUUAGAGGCUUGAGCGGUGCCGGCGGCAGCGGUGGCGUGUCUCCAGCGGCCGCAGCGGCAGCCAUGAUGCAGUUCUCUCCGCUCCUCUAUACUUACCAGCUCGCUAUGGCGCAAGCCAGCGCGCUAGGCAAGCGUUCCGGCAAAGGGGGCAACAGCAGCGCUGCGAUGGCCGCUGAGAUGCAGCGCGUGGCUGAAGCCCAGAGGCAAUAUCUGCUCGACAUGAUACCCGGGCAACACACGCGCAACCCAUGGACCAAAAACUGA